ACAUUACACAAACUUUCUUUCUGAUUAUGGUUCGCGUCGUUCUCGCAAGUUGCGAGGCAAGUGUCUAGUAAUUUUGGAUACCGAUCCUUUAUUAAUGGCUGCCGUAUUCCGCUAUUGAAUGUGCACUUUAAUCAAACAUGAGUGAUUAUUCUUCUAUGGCUACGCUUCCGAAUAAUAGCCAAACGGCGGGAUUUGCGGCUGCUGUACAACGUGCUAGCUUGAUUGCGGCUAAAAUUAGCGGAGGAACAGGCAAAAGGUCUCUUGAAGACGGACCAGAACCGAUUGCAAAGAAAUUGGCGCCAGUGGAUACAGUAUUUUCUCAACCACCCCAACAACCACAACCACCACCAAUGAGUAGUACAACAGCAGCAGUAGCGGCAGUGGCUGCAGCGCGUAUGGCGGCCAACCCCGCGCCCCCUGCACCACCCUCCGGACCCCCCAACAUGAUGUCAGAUCAGCAGAUCAAUGAGUACAUUAGAGUGCCGGACAAGAUGGUUGGAUUAAUCAUAGGUCGUGGCGGGGAGCAGAUCACACGUCUUCAAGCCGAGUCGGGCUGCAAGAUACAGAUGGCACCGGACUCUGGUGGACAACCUGAUCGUCUGUGCACCCUGACUGGAUCUAGGGAAGCUAUAACUAGGGCCAAGGAGCUCGUUAACCAAAUAGUGAAUCACCGUGGGCGGGAGAAUGCCCCGCAGCAUCUAGACAACCAGGGUGGAGGCCCGCCAAUGCCGCGCUCCAUUGGGGGCGGCGGCGGCGGCGGCGGCGGCGGAGGCGGACUUGCUAUAACUGAAGAAAUAACACUUCCGGGGCCCAAAGUGGGUUUGAUCAUUGGCAAAAAUGGCAAGACCAUAAAACAACUACAAGAGCAGUCCGGGGCUAAAAUGGUUGUCAUACAGGAUGGCCCUAAUACUGAAUAUGAGAAACCAUUACGUAUAUCCGGUGAUCCAACCAAAGUGGAAAUAGCGAAGCAACUGGUGUACGAACUGUUAGCGGACAAGGACAUGCUGCAGGGAGGACCGCGGCCGCCGUACGAUGACGGGUACUCACAGGAUCAGGGCAAUGGACUUGGCAGUAAUGCUACUGAGGUGCUAGUGCCAAAGAUAGCAGUGGGUGUGGUGAUAGGCCGCGGUGGUGACAUGAUCAAGAAGAUUCAAGCUGAAACAGGCUGCAGGGUGCAGUUCCAUCAGGAGAGGGAUGACGGACCUGGGGACAAAAGAUGUUACCUACAAGGCAAACCUCACCAAGUGGACCAGGCUAGGCAAAUGAUAGAAGAUCUCAUUGCCAGCGUCAAUCGUCGCGAGCAGGAUGUGCGUGCGAUGCGGAGCGGCGGCGGCGGCGGCGGUGGCAGCGGAGGCGGCGGCGGGAGCAGUGCGGGUGGCGGCGGGGGGCGGGCCGCGCGCAACGGCGACCGUGAAUACCAAUGGCAGGAUACGCCAGAGAUGCGCGUCACAUUCACCAUAUCCAAUGUCAAGUGUGGACUCAUCAUCGGUAGAGGUGGUGAGGUGAUAAAGCAAAUAAACGCGCAGUCAGGCGCGCACUGCGAGCUGGACCGACGCGCACAAGGCGGCGACCGUAACAACCGCACCUUCUACAUCCGUGGACAUCCCGAGGCGGUCGAGCACUGCAAGCGCAUCAUUAUGGAGAAAGUCGGCAUGCCAGUGACAUUCAUCCCUGAGGGUAACGGGAACGGAGGCAAUGGCGGCGGGUCUGGUGGUGGCGGGCCCGGCGGCAACGGUGAUAUGUACGGUGGGCCAGCGUCUGGCCCACCCGCCUGGGGGUACAACCCGCACUGGCACCAACCUUCGCAGCAGCAGCAACCGCAGCAACAAGUGAACAUAAAUCCGGUGACUGGUCAGCCGGACUACUCGCAGCAAUGGAUCGACUACUACCGGUCACUGGGGCUGAUGCGCGAGGCAGAGGCCAUCGAGCAGCAGGCCAAGCAGCAGCAGCAGCACCAGCCGCACCAGCCGCAGCAACCAGUGUUACCAGGGCCAUCAUCGAGCCCACCUAGCGGCGGGUCGAGCGGCGGCGGCGGUGGCACGCCAGGGAGCGCAGGCGGUGCCGGCGGCGCGGGCGGUGGGGGCGCGGACUACAGCGCGCAGUGGGCGGAGUACUACCGCGGCAUCGGCAAGCUUAAGGAGGCUGAGGCUAUCGAGGCGCAGAUGAAACUCAAGGAACAAUAUCAGCAGCAGCCGACUCCUACGUCGACGGCGGCGCCGACACCCUCCCCCGCGGCGCAUUCGCCCGCCCCCGCGACCUCCGUGCAGUAUAACGCGCACUACCCAAUGUACCCGCCCGGCGCACCCGUCUACCCCGGCUACGCGCCCUACCCCUACCCCGGCGGGCCCGAACACCAGCAGUAAGCGCAGAAGGAGCGAGCCCGUAAGCGCGCCCGAAGAGAACUCUCCGUACUAGAUUAUAACUAGUUUCGCAUAAUAUCGCGAAAGCGAAGCGGAAUAGAAGCGAAGCGUAAAUUUAAUGUAAUUUUUCUAGAUUUGUGUCGUUCCCGCGUUCCGUUUUAGUGUAUCCAUGUGUAAGCUUAAUUUCGCUUUCGUUUCGCUUUCGUGUUUGUGUGAACCGGUAUUAAUAUAAGCGAAUCCGUUUCCACUGUCGAUCGUCAACCCGCAAUAAAUAUUUUUUUUAACACAUUAACCUUUGGACAUAUUUCUUGUGGGUGCAGACAGUUGUGUACUGUUAUUUUUGAGAUUAUAACUAAUAUUUUUUUCUAAUAACGUACUUGUUUUUAUGAAUUUGUCAUCGGCUGUGUGGUCUAUUUGUAUAUCUAUAUUACGUAAUGUAUUUACUAUCACCUGAUUGGUACUAUGUUGUUUGGAUACUGAUGUGUGUCAUGCCAGUCUGUCCAGGUUUAAAGUAAUGCCACACUGCCUUUAAAGAUGUAAAACGACGGAGCUAUAAAGUGAGAGAGAGAGACGGAAACGGAAAAAAUGAGAUAGUGAUACUUCGCCGCUGAGGAAACGAGGUAAAUGCACUGUUGAGUGAAUUAGAUACACACAUACAUUAUAUUGUGGAUUUACACGGAUAUUUUCAUAUGUAAACUUUGCUUCGCAUUUGUGAAGGACGACGGUUCUAGAUUUGAUCGGAAUUUUUCUUUAUAAAGGGUGUGUUUCACUAAAACGGAACUGGAACUUGGUAUACUUAAUUGUCAACUAUUUAGUAAUAAGAUUUUAAAUAUUAACUUUAUUACUAAUAAAAAAUAAUAAUAAAAUAAAAUGUAAUUUAUGUCACAUAUUUAAAAUAAAAAAAAUCAUGUUACUUUUAAUUGCUUUUUAAUAGUAAGAAUAAACUAUUUGACUUUUUAUAUCUCGGUUCGCUACCGUUUAGUGGAAAUGCACCCUAAAUGAACGUAUCUAAUCUAGAGUCGGAAUUCUCCGCAUAAAAAUGACUUAAUUUCAAUAAUGUUUAGUUUUAAGUAUAGGGUUUAGAGUUGAUGUCGAUAUUUGAACUAUCUUCCCAGCUCAUUAGGUUAACAAAGUCGAACACAACAUUUAGAUUUACAUAAAUUUAGUAUAUGUAUUUAAUUGAUACAAUUUAGCUUUGGAUAAAUAACAUCAUUUAGUUAUAACGAAGGCAAUGUAAGUCCAAAUACAUUCCUUCUCGAAAUUAUAACAAAGUCGUGAGAAUUUUUUUGGUAAACGCGUAAGGUUACGGGUUAUCCCCGAGUCAUAUUGUAUUAAUUUUAAGAUAUAAAGUGUAUGUUGAUUGAAA